GCAGCUGAGAGGAUUACACAUCAUAUCUACUGUACAUGACCGCGGUGACCCGGGGAGGCAGAUCGAGAAAGAUGACACCUGCUUGCAGCUAAUUAUUCCCACUUGACACUUCAGCCAUGCAAAUCAGACAGCGUUAUCCUCGUCUUUUUAAGACUGUUAUUUUUGAUGAUAGACGUGAGAGAAAGUCAGCCUCACACAUGUUACGCACCCAGAAGUGAACAGCAGGCGACCCGGAAGGUUUGAAGUCCGACUGAGAGCGAGCAGAAAGAAGAGUCCAAUCCUGUAUAAAAUAUUUCUUCUCUCGCUGCUUCAGGAUGGCUGAACCUCGCUUUAACAAUGCCUAUUUCUGGCCCCCACCUCCUGCCAUGCCUGGCCAGCUGGAUAACCUAGUCUUGAUCAAUAAAAUCAAGGAGCAGCUCAUGGCAGAGAAGAUCAGACCCCCUCAUCUGCCCGCUGCCUCAGCCCCCUCCUCCCAACAGCCCUCACUGGCCCCCCACAGUCAGAUGGAGAGCGGCCAGCAUAUGAUGUCCAAAGCCCAGCAGAUGCCUACGCUCCACAGCCCGUCUCAGCCUGACAUCGCUCUGCACGCACGCCCCGCCUCCAGCUCUGUCACAGGUCGUAUUCUGGGGGAUGUAAAUUUGAAUCUGGAUGAUAAGGCAGCUAUCAAAGCCAGAGGUUUAUGGGAAGAUUGGCAUUUACGUCAGCUGAUAGAUCCCUCCAGAACAAACCACGUUUCAGGUGUAGCACUGGCAUCCAGAACAGGCAACCUCAACACCUCAGAGAUAAUCACCCCUACCACGCCCACUUCCAGCAGCCACAACCGACUGGGUGGAGCCCCAACACCUCACCUCAUCUCAGGGUUAGCCUGCAGCCACAGCCUGGACCCCGUGAAAAACAACGGGGGGCUGGUGGGACUCCUCGGCCCUCCUCCCAAGGAGGAACGAGGGCGCAAAAAAAUCAAAGCUGAGAACGGGUCUUCACUUUUGGUGGUGCCCUACCCGAUCCUCGCCUCAGGCCAUGACCAGUCCUGUGUCACCAUCACAGCCAAAGAAGGCAAAACCUACAGGUGUAAAAUGUGUCCGCUGACCUUCUUCUCCAAGUCAGACAUGCAGAUUCACUCCAAAACCCACACAGAGGCAAAGGCUCACAAGUGUCCUCACUGCACCAAGUCCUUUGCCAAUGCAUCAUACCUGGCCCAGCACCUGCGCAUACACCUGGGCGUCAAACCCUACCGCUGUUCGUACUGUGAGAAGUGCUUUCGACAGCUCUCUCAUCUGCAGCAGCACACCAGAAUCCACACAGGAGAACGGCCGUACAAAUGUGCCCAUCCUGGGUGUGGAAAAGCUUUUACUCAGCUGUCUAAUCUGCAGUCUCACCAGCGGCAGCACAACAAGGACAAACCCUUCAAAUGUUCCAACUGUUACCGUGCCUAUUCAGACUCUGCCUCGCUGCAGAUCCACCUGUCUGCCCACGCCAUCAAAAACGCCAGGGCCUACUGCUGCAGCAUGUGUGGCCGGGCGUACACAUCUGAGACAUACCUUAUAAAGCACAUGUCCAAACACACACUGGUGGAACAUGUUGUGUCCCAUCACUCCCCUCUGGACAGGACAGAGUCACCCACCAUCCCUAUACGGAUUUCCCUCAUCUGAGCGAUCCUUCUUAGGGCUUCUCCAUGGACUGUGAACCAAAAAACAGCUUAAAAUGUGCCAGAUUGUUCAAGUGUGUUGUGAAGAGGAGCUCUUUUUAAAAGUUAUUUUUGGGGGUGGGGGGUAAAUUUUGCCUUUAUUAGACAGGACAGCAGAAAUGUGGAGAGUUGAGAGUACGGGAACACAUGCAGUAAAGGGUCACGGCCGGGAGUCAAACCAGUGACCACUGCAGCGAGGACUAUAAGCCUCUCUAUAUGGGUCACAAGAUGAAACUGCUAGACCAAGUGGUGCCCCAAGAGGAGCUCUUUUAAUGGGUAAUUCCUCUGUUCCUUUCAUGCUGACCAGAUAGUAUUAUUGAGGACAUCCAAAGAUGACUUCUCAGCACUUUCAGGCCUCAAAAUGACAGGCCUUAAAAUUUCAUUUUUUUUACGUGACUUUACAUGAAAAAAAAAUCUGAAUUGUUCCGGGCAGCUACAUGGAAAGUCUUUUUAACUUUUUGUGUUGUAACACAUCACAAUGUUUUGUUUUUUUACUUAAGUCGUUGCAAAUAAAUAAAGCACCAGAAAUGGUCUUCCUUUAGCUGGGUUGCCAAGUGAACAUAAAGGUGAAUGCUUAUAAAAAAAGUUUAUUCAUGUAUAUUGUGCUACUUUCUAUGUCCGUGUUUGCAAUGUCCCAUCUGUCAUUUAGCCAUACUGUGCACAUAAAUAAUGAGUCAGACAAUUUUUCAGUUACAGUCAUUCUCACCAAGUCGCCAGCAUCACCCCAACCUCAUAGAAACAUGAAUAUAUUCUGUUUAAUUUUUAAUGUUUUAAAUUAAGUUCAAGCAGUCCUCAAAACUAAUCGUUGUAAAAAAAAAAUGGUCCAAAAGUGUUUGAUCAAAAGAAUCCUCACUGACUCAGGUGAGAUUCUGCUUUCAUGUACUUCAGAAAGAGAUAACACCAUUUUUAUUUUACUGAAACCCCCUGAAACGUAUAAUAAUUCACUAGCAUUAAACUUUCUACAUUCACCAUAAUAUUCAUAAUUAUGGUUUAUGUAUUUUAUUAAAGAACUAACUUUGGUUGCACCUGUGCAAGAAAAUAUAGUGAUAAGACUGAAAUGUAACAGUCUCUGUGCUGCUGCCUCACAAACGUGUGUUAAUCUUCAUGUUUUUAGGGAUUUGCAUCAUUAUGUCUAACUGAAACAUCAUGCUUCUUUGAAUAUAUUCAUUUUUCUGUUGAUUUACGAAAAAACACUUGCCAUUUUAUAUGCAUCUAAGCCUUAACUUUGUUACAACUCUUGGGUCCAGGUUGUUGUGUUAACACUUCUCAGUUGCCCUUGAUGUCAUUACAGCAUGAUAUAUAAGUCUGUAAAUAAACUGUUAACUGUUAACCUGUUUUAUAAUAAAUAAUACUAUUAUUA